UAAGAAUUAAUUUCACGUGGGCUGAUGAUGAAUCGGUCAGCCAAAGUACACAGCUGGGACACAGUGUACAUUGUUUCGAACGAUCAAAUUCAGGAUUGCGAGAUUGUGGAUCAUUAGGCGGAACUUAACUCUACUGUCUUGCCGUUGCCUCUUUUCAUCUAAUCGAUACCGGAGAUCAGUGCAAGCAGGAGAUUGAAGCGAAUUUGAAGCCCAUAGAGUGGGAAGGUCAGCUUUAUCUGCAAAUUCUGUUUGAAAGCUUAUGAGAACAUGGCUAGUCCCGAAGUACCUAACGACUUAGCUGACGCUGGUGGGACAGAGUCCAACAUAAAGGGCCCUCAAGUUGAGGCGUCUGCAGCGAAAGAAGAAAUCAACAUCCUCAUACUGGGAGAGACUGGAGUGGGCAAAUCCACGUGGAUUAAUGGUAUUGCCAACUAUGCAAAGCACGAGUCUCUCCAAGACGCUAUGAACGACCCUGAUUUCACCGUCUUGAUUCCAUCUAGAUUUACUUUCACAAAUGAAAUUGGAGAAGAGAUAAACAUCGCCUUUGGGGCUGCUGAUGAUAAUGAAGUUCUCUCUAGUGGUCAAUCUGCUACUCAAUUUCCUCAGGAGUACAGACUUGAGACCAACACCACAAUCUUCUACCUUAUUGACACUCCGGGCAUUGGAGACUGUAGAGGAAUUAAAAAGGACAAGGAGAACUUCGAAAACAUCUUGAGCUUUCUUACCUGCUAUGAAAAAAUCAACGCCGUGGUUGUUCUUCUCAAGCCUAACAAUGCAAGGUUGACAGUGGCCUUCAAGUUUUGUGUCUUAGAACUUCUGACUCACCUCCACAAGUCCUUGGUUUCCAACAUCAUGUUUGCCUUUACCAACUCCAGAGGGACUUUCUACAGACCAGGAGACAGCCUUCCAGUUCUUAAAAAGCUCCUCGAUGACAAUAGUAUCGAAAUAGAUGUCUCUCCCUCGAAUUAUUUUUGUUUUGACAACGAGGCUUUCAGGUUUCUGGCCUGUCACAAGAGUGGAAUUAACUUCACAUCUGAGGACAUUGAUCUCUACUCCAAAAGCUGGGUGAAGUCAUGCGAUACCACCUGCAGACUUUUCGAACGUGUAAAGAGUAUGACGCCCCAUGAUACUAAGAAGACCCUAAGCCUUAAUGAGGCGAGGAAUUGCAUCAUUGCCCUGAGCAAGCCAAUGGGUCAGGCAGUUGAGCUUAUUGAGAUGAAUUUAAAGAAGAUCAAAGAUGUGAAAGACCAGUGCCAGACAUUCGAAAAAGACAUCAAGGAAUUCCAGAGGGAACUCAGAUUUAAAGGCUUUGAUCUAGAAGUAGAACCUCUUGACUAUCCCAUGACAGUUUGUGCCGCCACUGCUUGCAAGAGGUAUGUACCAGUCGGAAAAUCAGGCCAGCAAAACAUUGUUUAUGAGCAAGUCUGCCAUGAUCACUGCAAUCUUUCAGGAGUUGCAAUCGAGACAACCAACAACGAUCAGCUCCAUGGCUGCUGCGCUAUGAGUGAUGGCAAGUGCAGGUUCUGUGGACACAACUACAGAGAGCACAUGCAUAUCCGCUACACAGCCAAUGUCGUUGAGAAGGAAUUCCUGUCAGAGGAAGCGCAGUCGGAAAUCAAAAAGAAGACCGACUUGAAGUCCCAAAAGCAAUCGUUCAUCAGAGAGUUGGAGAAGAACAUCAAGGAGCUUGAAGAAGAAAAGAAGUUCAUCUAUGAGUGCGCCAGCUACUUUGGUGUCUUCCUCAAGCAGAAUGCCAUGCUUGCCUAUAACGACUCCUUUUGUGAGUACCUGGACAUGCUGAUAAGGGAAGAGGAAAUGAAAGAGAAGGUGAUUAGAGACGAAGGGAAGAUUGCUCAAAUGAAGAAGGACAAGCAGACGUAUGAGGAAAAGAAGAACGUCAUCAUUGAAAACAUUAAGAAGGUCCCAGCGGAUGGCAAGAAAGCGGAAGUCAUGCCAAUAGAGAAGAUCAAUGAGAUGAGAGCAAAGCUUUGUUCCCUGAGGCACAAUGGAAAGACUUUAAGAGAGGCUCUAGAUGGCAUCAUUUCAACAAGACUGAAGAAUCAUAAAACCAAAGCAGUAAGCAAGAGCUGUGUGUAUGCCAAAACCAACAAUUCCUGGAUUCCUGGAUUCUUCUAUAAGAUAAAUCCAUUUAAAUCAUGGGGGAGCAAAAGGAGAAGCAACUUUAGCAUCUCUCAGUUCUAAAAGAUUCUAUUACACUGAGGAGAAAACAGAUGAGAAUGCAUUUGUGUGUUGGUAACAAGACCCUUCAAUGCAAGUAUUUGGAACUGACAAAAAAAUGUUUACUUAUUUCUCAAUUAUUUUCUUAUGCUAAUUGAGAGUGGUUUUAGAAUGUCUUAAACCAAGACCAAACCCAUCCACGCAACAAAUCAGAAUAUUGGUACAAAGUGCAAGGAGCGAAUCAGAACUCAAAGUAAGUGCACGUGACCGCCUCCGUAAGUGAAUAAGGCUUGACCAAGUCACCGUUGGUUUUGGUCUGUGUCUGAUUGGUUGGAAGGGUUGCGAAAGUUUCUUAGUCAAU